AUAUUAAAAAGAUGAAAAUACACGUGAGAGAUUUGACAUAGUUUAGAGGUACGCAUUUUAUUAAUAGGUACCUACAUCAUGGUUGCCAGCUGCAAAGUCCUGAACAAAGUAAAAAGAGUUGCGAGUGUCAAGAGAGCGUGAUAAAAUUCGUAACCCUAAUUAGGAUGUAACUACUUACAACAGUGCAGUUCAUUGCCAUCUGCCAGUUCAAUCGAUUGCACGAUUCAAUGUCGGAUUUAAAUAUUGCCGUUUUAGGGGCUGGUGUUGUAGGACUAACUACAGCUUUUCAGCUGAAAACUGAAUUCCGAAAUGCGAAUAUUGACGUAAUUUCUGAGAAGUUUAACGAGGAGACUACGAGUCAUGUGGCGGCAGGAAUUUUUCGUCCAGGCUCUGGUUUCUCGGGACCUACAGAAGAAAUUACAGAAAAGUGGAUUAAUGAUUCCUAUCAUUAUUGGGAUGACAUUCGGAAUAAUUCAGAGGGAGGUGUGGCUGGAAUUACUUCAAUUUCUGGCUAUGUCUUUUCCAGCGAAUUUCCUAAUAUUGUUAGGAAUUACUAUCUUGAAAAACUGGUUCCUCUGUAUCGACAAGCAACAGAGGAAGAAUUAAAACUUUGCUCUGGAAUUUGGAAAUAUGGCUCCUUUUUUACUACUCUUUUAACUCAGUGUUCUCUGUAUCUUCCAUGGAUUACAGUGAAAUUGAAAGCAAAAGGUGUCAGAUUCAUUUCCAAGAGAAUUGAAGGAUUUGGCGAUAUUCAAAAUAACUACGACGCGAUAAUCAACUGCACAGGACUUGGAGCAAAAUUUUUGUGUAAUGAUAAAAAAAUCGUUCCUAUUAGAGGUCAGGUUAUUAAAGUAGAAGCUCCUUGGCUGAAGACUUUCUUUUAUGGAAAUUAUGAUACCUAUAUCAUACCAGGAAUUGGUUCUGUAACUUUGGGUGGUUGUCGACAGUACGAUUCUUAUGAUAUGAACAUAAAUAAAUACGACAGUCUCUCCAUAAAGGAAAGAUGCGAAACGCUGCUGCCAAGUCUUAAGGGUGCCAAAGUUCUUGGUGAAAGAGUAGGACUUAGACCUCAUAGAGAUAUAGUAAGGGUUGAGAAAGACGUUCAAAUUUUUAAUGACCGAAAGUUAAAAAUCGUGCACAAUUAUGGACAUGGCGGUUAUGGAGUUACUACCGCGCCUGGUACAUCUAUUCAUGCAGUAAAACUUGUCAGAGAAAUAUUUUCAGGUAAUAGUAAAUUGUAAUAAUUAGUUUACCUUAGAUAUUAAUAAAUACUGCAGUUUUUA